AUGGAGAUGUCUGCCCAGAGGCUGGCUUCUAACAGGACAUCCCCACAGCCACCAUCGAACUCUGACUACACCUGGGAAUACGAGUACUAUGAGAUCGGACCGGUUUCCUUCGAAGGACUGAAGGCUCAUAAAUAUUCCAUUGUGAUUGGAUUCUGGGUUGGACUUGCGGUCUUUGUGAUUUUCAUGUUUUUUGUGCUGACUUUGCUGACGAAGACAGGUGCCCCACACCAAGAUAAUGCAGAGUCCUCAGAGAAGAGGUUCCGGAUGAACAGCUUUGUGUCAGACUUUGGGAAGCCACUGGAGUCAGACAAGGUGUUUUCUCGUCAGGGCAAUGAGGAGUCCAGGUCUCUGUUCCACUGUUACAUCAAUGAAGUAGAACACUUGGACAGGGUUAAAGUUUGCCACCAAACAACAGCCAUCGACAGUGAUGUCCACCUCCAGGAAGCCAUCAUAAGCAGUGGGAGGGCUGAGGAGGAGCUAGCCAGGUACAUGAAGUUUGACAUCCCCAACUUUGUGAACACAGAGCAGAACUCCUUUGGGGAGGAUGAUCUUCUGAUUUCGGAACCACCUGUUCUUCUAGAAAACAAGCCAGUUUCCCAGACAUCACGUACAGACCUGGACUGA